CAUGGCUGCUGCCGAUCCAGCAAAAGCUCUUGAGGAUGAAGCUUCUUGUCCCAUCUGCCUGGAGUAUUUUAAUGAUCCGGUGACGCUAGACUGCGGGCACAAUUUCUGCCAAGCCUGCAUCACCCAGUGCUGGGGGAGAUCAGAUACAGACUACUUCUGCCCCUGCUGCAUGGAGAUCUUUCCCCAGGGGAACUUCCGAGCCAACAGGCAGCUGGGGACCCUCAUAGACCUAAUCAUCCGACAGCUGAAGGAUGAGCAACAACAGGCCAAGCUGGGAGGAGAGAGGGUGUGCUGGAAACACCAGGAGGCUCUGAGACUGUUCUGCGAGGAGGAUCAAACCCCCAUCUGUGUGGUGUGCGACAGAUCCCGGGAACACAGAGCUCACGCUAUAGUUCCCAUUCAAGAGGCUGCCCAGGAGUACAAGGAGCAAAUCUGGAGGCGGCUGGAUGUUUUGGAGAAGGGGAAAGAAGAGAUUCUAGCUCUCAUAGCGUGUGAGGAAGAGCAAAGCCAGGAACUGCUGAGACAAAUAGAAAUUGACAGGGAGACGAUGGAGUAUCGGUUUGAGAAACUGCAGACAUUCCUGCAAGAACAAGAGCGCCUCUUGCUGGUCUGGCUGGACGAACUGGAGAAAGAGGUCACCGCCAGAAAGGAUGAAAACAUCCGCCGACUCACUGAGGAGGUUUCCCGUCUCAACACCCUGAUCGGGCAGAUGGAGGAGAAGUGCGAGCAGCCCGCGAGUGAAUUCAUGCAGGAUGUCAGAAGCACUUUGAGCAGAUGUGAGAUGGGGACGUUCCAGGCUCCAGCACCUGCUUCUCCUGAACUGAAAUGGAGACUCUGGUUGUUUUCUCAAAAUUUCGCUUUCCUCCAGGAUGCGCUGAGGAAGCUGAAAGUGAAUCUGUUGCCUGAACCGAAACCGGAAAGAGCUGAAGUGACACUGGAUCCAGACACGGCAAAUCCCUGGCUCGCCAUGUCCGCAGAUGGCAAAAGCGUGCACUGGGGAGUCGCCCGGCAGGAUCUGCCCGACCAUCCUGAGAGAUUUGAUCCUGCUCCCUGCGUGCUGGCCUCUAAGGGCUUUGACUCUGGGAGGCAUUUCUGGGAGGUGGAAGUUGGAGAAGGGGCAGUCUGGGUUGUGGGAGUAGCCCUGGAGUCUGUUAAGAGGAAAGGAGUGAGCAGGUUUACACCGGAGCAGAGGAUCUGGGCUGUGCGGAAAUACUGGGAACGGCAUUGGGCACUCACCUACCCUGAAACUCCUUUGUAUCUACAUGGGGUCCCUAGGAGGAUCCGGAUUUAUGUGGACUAUGAAGGGGGGUUGGUGGCGUUUUAUGAUGCUGGCAACGAGGCCCCGAUCUUCACUUUCCAACCAGCCCCUUUUGUUGGGGAGAAAAUCUGCCCUUUCUUUGAGCUGCUGAGUACAGGCUCCCAGAUCAAACUGUGCCCCUGAGUCACAGGAUAAACCAUCCUUGAUUGGCCUUGGUCCUACAUAUGUUAGUAAUAGUGCUUUUCCAUAGAAGCAUCAAGGAGUCAGGUGGCACCUUAAAGACUAACAGAUUUAUUUGGACAUAAGCUUUCGUGGGCUAGAACCCACUUCAUCAGAUACAUGGAGUGAAAAUUACAGAUGCAGGCAUUAUUAUACUGACACGUGAAGAGAAGGGAGUUACCUCACAAGUGGAGAACCAGUGUUGACAGGGCCAAUUCGAUCAGGGUUCAAUUCAAUUCCAUAGAAGCAGUCAUUGUGGUUGCCUCAGGGAUGGUUUUGUUGCCAGCGGGGGAGAAGAUGGUCCUCAGAAUGAUAAAUGAGAAGCUGGUGAAGUAAACAAUCAGUUAGGAUGUGCUCGGCACUAUGAGAGAAGUUUGGAGGAGCCCUGGCAUGCAGAUCACAGGGGGAGAUUUAAAGAUGAAUAUCUACAUGUUCACAGUAUGUUAGCACCUAGAGGUCCCAACUAAAAUCAGGGCCCCAUUGUGUCGGGCGCUCCACAGACACACAGUGAGAGACAGCCCCUGCCCCAGCUGAGAUCAGGGAUCCAUUGUACAGAGUAUGAAACAGUCUAUGCCAGUGGUUUUCAAACUUUUGUACUGGUGACCCGUUUCACACAGCAAGCCUCUGAGUCCGACCCUCCCCCUUAUAAAUUAAAAACACUUUUUAAUAUAUUUAACACCAUUAUAAAUGCCUGAGGCAAAGCAGGGUUUGGGGUGGAGGCUGACAGCUUGUGACCCCCUCCAUGUAAUAACUUCACGACCCCCUGAGGGGUGCCAACCCCCAGCUUGAGAACCCCUGGUCUAUGCCCUGAAGAGUCUGCAAUCAACAACAUAAAGAGUGGGGGAAAGGCCAUUUGUUAGAUGGGGCACCAUCUUCUACCUUAGAUACUUAUCUGGACCCCCCAUUAUCUCAUUGCAAUGGAGCUACACUGAUUUACACCAGUUGGGGACCUGCCCUUUAACUUCUAUCUGUGGUACUUAUGGGGACCCCCUUACAAUACUACCUGAGCACGUCACAACAUUUAAUGCACUUAUCCUCAGAGAACCCGUCCUUUAGAGAAGUGAAAAUAUCCCCAUUUUACUGAGGUGGAACUGAGGCAGAGCUAUAUUUCACUACGCAGGGACAUUGACUGGCAGGACUACACCAGCGUGGAUGCUUUAUUCCUGAAUAAAAGUGAUUUUAUUUUGCUUCCCCAAACAAUUACACCUCUGUGGUCCUGUCAGUCCAUUUCACCACCCUGACAAGCCUGGAGUCGCUUGCCCAAGGUCAGACACAUAGUCUAUGAGAGAGCAGAGAACUGAUCCCAGGUCUCCCUAGACUAAUGCCCUGACCAUCAGUGCAUCCCAUCUCUCCGAGCAAUUAAGUGACUUUUCAUACAUAGAGGGAAACCUGGAGCAGGGCUAAGCCCUGAACCCAGAUGCACUGCCUUGACUACAGAACCAUCCUCUCUCUUGCUAUAUUUUUUCCCCUUCCUAUAACUAAGCUUCCCUUUUGCAUUCUACUCUUAAAUUUACAUCUUGCUAAAUGGAAGCAGAGGGAGGCAUUUCUCUACGAAUUUAUUACCUAAUAAACA